AUCGGCAAGUCCGUCUUCUACGCCUACUUCUUCCUUCGUUUCCGCAUGGAGCAUCCAGAAUGGACCAUUGUCGCCUCAACCUAUACAAAAUCUGGAGGCGUCGAGAACGUGGCUGUUUUUGAGGCUGGCAACGAGAAACAUUGGGACGCGCUGAAGGCUUAUAACCGGGAGAAGAAGGUGUUGUGGUUGUGUGAUGGUCCGCCGCAGGUACGACGUCCGCAGUCCGUGGUUUUUACGAGCCCGAUCGAGAGAUGGAUGAAAAUAGUGAGAGAUGAUCUCUGUGACUACUACAUGCCUCCGUGGACACUUCGAGAGCUCCAGCUAGCUGCUUCAGUGCUGAACUACGCCAUUAGUGACGAUGAAAUGCAGGAGCGGUUCUGGAAAUUUGGUGGUAUCAGUGAUCGUGGUCGGCUCGAGAACCUGCUUGAGGGAAACGAGAACGAGGACACUCGCCAUCGUUUCCUGCAUUACGAGCCGAUUGGUGACGGGGGUGAAAAAGAGGAGAAGCUUGUGUCAGACAUGGUUUGUGAAAAACUUUCAGAGCGACUGUUGCAAGUAAUCAAGCGCAGUAUGAAUGCAGUGAAAGGCUUGCUUGAAGGAAUACCAGCAGCUGCCUCACUCCGUGGAGGGAUU